CCGUGUCCAUUCCUGCUAAACCGAAGGCGUCUGUCCGCUUUAUAAUCCGCCGUGUGAACCGGGAUGCUGGGGGGAUCCAUGAAGCCGUGGGCACCUGGGCAUGGUUCUGUCACUACUUGUAAAUGAAUGUUGUUUAUACGUCGUCUAUAACUCCCAUUAGCAGUAAACACGCAGCACUUUCCGCAUGAGAGAGGCUCGCUCCUCUGUUAAAUUUUAGCCGUUUAAAAAACAACAACAAAAAAAACCCAACAAAAUUCUUUGGCGGUUGAGAAGCAGCAGCAGCCACAGGGAGCAGAACUAACAAGCCGCGGCCGCUUGACAGGUGCCGUCCCCCGGCUCUGCGUGGAGAGAUGCCGCCCGUACAGAGAACGAUGUCUGAUCUUCGUACCCGGGCGGAGGGAUAUGAAAAGACAGAGGACACAUCAGAAAAGACAUCCUUAGCUGACCAAGAAGAUGCCCGGCUGAUACACCUCAACCAGCCGCAGUUCACCAAGUUUUGCAACAAUCGAGUCAGCACAGCCAAAUAUAAUGUCCUCACCUUCCUUCCCCGGUUCCUCUACUCACAGUUCAGGAGGGCAGCCAAUGCCUUCUUUCUGUUCAUUGCACUCUUGCAGCAAAUCCCAGAUGUGUCUCCCACUGGUCGCUGGACCACACUGGUGCCGCUGCUCUUCAUCCUGGUGGUGGCUGCUGUUAAGGAGAUCAUUGAGGAUCUGAAACGUCACAAUGCUGACAGUGUUGUCAACAAAAAGGAAUGUCAAGUAUUGAGGAAUGGUGCCUGGGAGAUUGUGCACUGGGAGAAGGUGGCUGUUGGGGAAGUAGUCAGAGCUGCAAAUGGGGAUCACCUCCCGGCUGACCUCGUCAUACUGUCGUCCAGUGAACCACAGGGAAUGUGCUACAUUGAAACAUCUAACUUGGAUGGAGAAACAAACCUUAAAAUCAGACAGGGUCUCCAAAUGACUGCAGACAUAAAGGACAUCGACAGCCUGAUGCGUCUCUCUGGGCGGAUGGAGUGCGAGAGCCCAAACCGCCAUCUGUAUGAGUUUGUUGGGAAUAUCCGCCUGGAUGGACACAGUACAGUACCACUGGGUCCCGACCAGAUCUUACUGAGAGGAGCCCAACUGAGAAACACUCAGUGGGUGCAUGGUGUGGUGGUCUACACUGGACAUGACACAAAGCUCAUGCAGAAUUCUACUCGGCCUCCUCUGAAGCUGUCCAAUGUGGAGCGUAUCACCAACUUUCAGAUCCUUGUGCUGUUUGGCUGCCUGCUGGCCAUCUCUCUGGUCUGCUCCAUUGGUCAAACCAUCUGGAAGUACCAGUACGGCAAUGAUGCCUGGUACAUGGACCUCAACUCUCCAGAUGGCGGGGCAGCUAACUUUGGCCUCAACUUCCUCACCUUCAUCAUCCUGUUCAACAACCUGAUCCCUAUCAGUCUCCUGGUCACACUAGAGGUUAUCAAGUUCAUCCAAGCCUUUUUCAUCAACUGGGACACCGAUAUGCUCUAUGAGCCCACAAACACACCUGCCAUGGCUCGCACCUCCAAUCUGAAUGAAGAAUUAGGCCAGGUGAAAUACAUUUUCUCUGACAAGACGGGAACCCUGACCUGCAACGUGAUGCAGUUCAAGAAGUGCACCAUCGCUGGUGUGGCCUAUGGUCACGUCCCUGAGGCUGAGGAGGGUAUUUUUGCAGAGGACGACUGCCACAGCACACACUCAUCAGACGAGGCCGGAUUUAAUGACCCGAACUUACUGGAAAACCUCCAAAGUAAUCACCCUACAGCUGCUGUCAUCCUGGAGUUCAUGACCAUGAUGGCCAUCUGUCACACUGCAGUCCCUGAACGCACGGAUGGAAAAAUCAUUUACCAGGCUGCAUCUCCAGAUGAAGGAGCUCUGGUGAGAGCAGCACGAAACCUUGGCUUUGUGUUUUCAGGUAGAACCCCAGACAGCGUCAUUGUGGAAAUGCUCGAAACAGAGGAGAAGUACGAACUACUUCAUGUGCUGGAGUUUACAAGCACGAGGAAGAGGAUGUCAGUCAUCAUGCGCACCCCAUCUGGGAAGAUCCGCCUCUACUGCAAAGGAGCUGACACCGUGAUCUAUGACCGUCUGGCAGACAGCUCUAGGUACAAAGAGAUCACGUUGAAGCACCUGGAACAGUUUGCCACUGAGGGGCUGCGCACUCUGUGCUUUGCGGUGACAGAUGUCAGUGAGUCGUCCUAUCAACAUUGGCUGGAGAUCCACCACAGAGCCUGCACCUCCCUGCAGAACAGAGCCCUGAAACUGGAGGAGACCUACGAACUGAUAGAGAAGAACCUGCAGCUGCUGGGGGCCACAGCGAUAGAGGACAAGCUCCAGGAUAAGGUGCCCGAGACCAUUGAAACUCUGAUGAAGGCGGACAUCAAGAUCUGGAUCCUGACAGGGGACAAACAGGAAACGGCCAUUAAUAUUGGACAUUCCUGCAAACUACUGACCAAGAACAUGGGCAUGCUUGUGAUCAAUGAAGACACUCUUGAUAGAACAAGGGAAACGCUCAGCCACCACUGUGGAAUGCUGGGAGAUGCCCUCUACAAGGAGAACGACUUUGCUCUCAUUAUUGACGGGAAGACUCUCAAAUACGCCCUCACAUUCGGAGUGCGACAGUACUUCCUGGACCUUGCCCUGUCCUGUAAAGCUGUCAUAUGCUGCAGAGUAUCUCCUCUUCAGAAGUCAGAGGUGGUGGAGAUGGUAAAGAAACAGGUGAAGGUGAUCACGCUGGCCAUUGGUGAUGGUGCUAACGACGUGGGAAUGAUCCAGACAGCUCAUGUCGGUGUAGGAAUCUCAGGCAAUGAGGGCCUGCAGGCAGCAAACUCCUCUGACUACUCUAUUGCCCAGUUCAAAUACUUGAAGAAUCUGCUGCUCGUCCAUGGAGCCUGGAAUUACAACCGUGUAGCCAAGUGCAUCCUGUACUGCUUCUACAAGAAUAUUGUCCUCUACAUCAUUGAGAUCUGGUUUGCGUUUGUCAAUGGCUUCUCAGGCCAGAUCCUGUUUGAACGCUGGUGCAUCGGCUUGUACAACGUGAUCUUCACUGCGCUGCCUCCUCUCACUCUGGGAAUAUUUGAGCGCUCCUGCAGGAAAGAGAACAUGCUGAAAUACCCAGAACUCUACAAAACCUCCCAGAAUGCUAUGGGCUUUAAUACCAAGGUCUUCUGGGCCCAUUGUCUGAAUGGCCUCUUCCACUCUGUCAUCCUCUUCUGGUUCCCCCUUAAAGCCUUCCAGCAUGAUACAGUUUUUGGCAAUGGAAGAACUCCAGACUAUCUCCUCUUAGGCAACAUGGUUUACACAUUUGUGGUCAUUACAGUUUGUCUUAAAGCCGGCCUUGAGACCUCUUCCUGGACCAUGUUCAGUCACAUCGCCAUCUGGGGAAGCAUCGGCCUGUGGGUGGUGUUUUUCAUUAUCUACUCCUCCCUGUGGCCCCUCAUCCCUCUGGCUCCCGACAUGUCAGGAGAGGCGGAAAUGAUGUUCAGUUCGGGGGUCUUCUGGACGGGCCUGGUCUUCAUCCCAGUCACCUCGCUGGUCUUUGACGUGGCCUACAAAGUGGUGAAGAGGGUGUUUUUCAAGACCCUGGUGGAUGAGGUGCAGGAGCUCGAGGCUUUAUCCAAAGACCCUGGAGCAGUGGUGCAUGGAAAGAGUUUGACGGAGAGGGCCCAGCUCCUGAAGAAUGUCUUCAAGAAGAGCACAGUCAGUUUGUACCGGUCUGAAUCCAUGCAGCAGAACCUGCUCCACCGAGAUAAUGAUGAAAUGAUGAAAUGUUGCGCUGUUAUUCCCCCACAAUGCACUCGUCUCAGCGGGGUCCUUUGAACUUCCCCGCUGGCUUCCAGGUACUGACCGAGUCAUUUGACACCUGAAGAUGGCUACGCCUUCUCUCAAGACGAGAACGGAGUGGUGUCUCAGUCUGAGGUCAUCAGAGCGUACGACACCACCAAACAGAGGACCAACGAGUGGUGAGCCGGCCUUCAGGAACCAGAAGGCCGGCCAAUCUGGAGCCACAACAGCCGUUUCUAAUGGCGAUAUUUGAAGCUUAACGGGGAGAAGACGAGGUGCCAGCGUGUGCCUCCAGCACCGAGGGGAGUUUUGGACGUUAAUAUGAAAUGGACAGAGGAGAGGGACAUGGUGUUGUCUUUGAAAAAGGGAAAAAAAAAAAAAACAAGGAACAAAACAAAACGUGUUCACUAUCAGCUGUAGUUGUGUGUCUAGCAGACAUGAUGAGCACUGUGCUUUCUUAGCAGUCUGUGGUCUGAAGUUCUUCACAGUUCUCACGCAGUUUGUUGGAGUGAACGCUUCUUUGCUAUUGAAAAUCAUCUAAAACCAUUCAGUUAAAUUGAAAAUAUAGGUCAACUCCUAAACACUGUUAUUAUAGAAGUUAAAACAUUGGACAAUGAUUAGUUUUAGAGGAUUUGAACUUGUCAAAGAUUGCCAAAGAGCAGUCGUAUAUACAAUCUUCCAAGCACUAGUGAAUUCGGAAAACUUUAAACCAAAUGUAAUCACACUCUCCAUACACACUGAGUGUAUUCCAGCAGUAAACGGACCGCUUCAGAGCAGACAUUUGUAAUGUUUUAAUUUUCUUUUUGCACUUAAGGAAGCAUCUGUUGUGUAAAGCCUUACAUUUGCUCAUGCCUUCAUCCUUGUUUCUUUUAAAAUACAUUUAUUUCUCUUUAGUUUCAUUUUUAAAGUAUGUAGAUAUUGUGCCUGAUUUUAUUAAUUGUUGUCCUUUUUUUAAAGAAGUUGCCUCCUGCAACCUACCGUAGUCCUGUUUUCACCGUUUUUACAGCAGAAGCACUGCUCUUCACAAAUAAUUGCAUUCCACACAUCACUCCUGUCUCAACAAUCACAAUGGUGCCUACGUAGAACUUUUCCCUCAUAGAAGAAAAAGAUAGCCAAGAAUAGUUUAGCCAGCUAGCUUAGACCAGUGCUCCACACAUACCUACUGAAAACAAAAUCUGUCUCCCCACCACAGUAUUGCACUCGUACAAUGUGAAAACUACAGAGUGCCUUGUGGCACAUCUAUAAACUAAGAUUUGUUCCUGCAGAGGUGAGCGGGAGGCUCUCUGAUGGUGUUAUUGAAGCUUACAGCGGUGAUAGUGUUUCCCUUAAAAUGGAGAUUUUAUCCUUCUAACAUAAGUGCCAUUAGCUUGAGGGAGAGAGAAUUAUAUUAGCCAGGAAAACUCCACGACAAUAUCAAAACUACUUUGUCUCUAUAGUUAUUUUGUGGAUUUGUAUUUUUAUAUUGGAGAUGUAUGAAUUUUGCAUUGACUGGCUUUGUAAUGAACUGUCUAACUUUUUGUUUUUUCUUCCUCUGAUAAACUGGCAGGAUAGAAUAGAUCAAAUGAGGAAACUAAGCUUUCUUAAAUGUCUUGUUGUUAUUAAUAUUAAUAUUGUUACAGCUUGAUUUAUUUAUAAUUGACUACUUAAUGUCUGUGUGAUUGCUUUCUUCUCCCUAUGGGAGAUCAGAUUUCUGAUGGUGUGUGAGUGUCAGUUUAUUGCCUGCAUGUGCAUGUGCUGUAUGUGUGUGUGAGUGUGUGCGAGCGUGCGUGUGUGUGUGUGUGUGUCACCUCUACUGUGGAUAACGUCUUUGUAUGCAUUGCAUGUCUGUGUCCUCUAUGUGAGACUGGGAGUUUCUGGCAUCACAGUCCUCCUGGUGUGUUUAUUUUAUCGUGUGUGUGCGGUGAUGCUUGCUCCAGUUGUCCGUCUGCACGACUCCAGGUAUAGCUACGGUGUACUACUGUGUGCUGAUGCAUGGCCCGUAUGGGAAAGUGUUAGUGUGUGGUAUGACUGUGUGUGUGUGUGUGUGUGUGUGGUCAAACUCUCUGCCUCGACAGUGGGAGUUUCUGAUGCUCAGCUCGCUUCGACAGGAGAUGUUGCACAAAGCACUUGAUGUACCUUUCCAGUAGUGGCUAUCUGGUAUUAUCUGGUUUCAGUAUAUGAUUUCUCUUGAGUGUACAUGUUUGUACCUUGCAGUGUACCUCUGCUUUACAGGAAAGCUCUUUUGUGUUUCUCAGCUUUAUUUUUCUCUGCUGGUCUUUAGUGUUGAAACUUAAUUGGUCGUCAUCUUUGUCAAAAAUGUCCAAACUGCUGAAUGUGGAUGUCGUCGUUGUGGAAGGCUUGGACUGUUGCUUUCUUUUUCCAGAAAACAUAAAACACACGUUGUUGUCUGUGAAAGUUGUGGGCUGCAUGAAUGGAUAACACAAACUGUUCUCUAAAAUGUUAACUGUACCACUUUGAUUCUCCCUCAAGUGUUGAUCACUUCACAAAAGAGACAAAAACGCACCUUUUAAUUUUUCUUUUCAAUAUUUGUUUCUUUUACAUCAUUUUGUUCAAUGAUUGUUCUGCAUGUUGGGACUGCAAACUUAUAAGUGUUGUCUUUAACUGCCAUGAAGGACUACUGAAAUAAACUUUACAAUCAUGGAGGAA